GAGAGAGAGAGAGAGAAUGGGGAAAAGAAAGAUAAUGAUUUUGUUGUUUUCAAUGGCUUUGCUUGUCUUGAGUUGUGUAGUUGAUGCGAAAGCUGAAGCUACAAAAACUUUAUCAGAAGUUAAUAGGAAACUGAAGCUUCUCAAUAAACCUGCACUCAAGAGCAUUAAGACUGAAGAUGGAGAGAUUAUCGACUGCGUGGAUAUCUACAAACAACCUGCUUUUGAUCAUCCUGCAUUAAGGAACCACACCAUUCAGAUGAGACCCAGCUUUACUAUCCAAGAUGAGACUUCAAGCACGAAAGGUGACUCCUCUCCGGCACCGGCGCUGUCUCAGACGUGGCAAAAGAGUGGAAGUUGUCCAGAGGGAACCGUUCCCAUUCGCAGAAUACGAAAGCAAGACUUGUUGAGGGCUGCUUCGCUUGAGCACUUCGGAAGAGAUGGCCCUCGGACUUCUUGGGCAGUGAAAGCAGCAGCAAAUGGCCAAAGUAGGCAUUUUGUUCAUCUUAAUGGCUCCAAAAUCCCAAUUUUUCCCAUGCCCGAUCAUUCGACUGCAUUUCUGGUCACGAAGGGAUACAAUUACGUUGGAGCUAGAGGGGGAAUAAAUGCUUGGAGUCCAAGAGUUGAAUCUGCCGAUGAGUAUACUACUGGCCAAAUUUGGAUUAAGAACGGACCCCCCGGCAUCAAUUUUGAAAGUGUAGAAGCAGGCUGGAUGGUCAACCCAGAAUUAUUUGGUGGUGCAGAACCUCGGCUUUUUGCACGUUGGACUUUGGAUGGGUACGAAAAGACAGGUUGCAUUAACCUCGUUUGCCCUGGGUUCGUACAAACUAGCAAAACCAUCUUAUUAGGAGCAAUUCUCCGACCUUUGUCACAGAGAAAUGGACCGCAAUAUCAGAUCAACCUCAUGAUGGACCAUGAUCCAAGUACUGGAAAUUGGUGGCUACACACUAGUCAGGAUAUAAUAGGGUAUUGGCCGGGAUCUAUCCUGUCUUAUUUGAAAAAAAGUGCAACCACAAUUGAAUGGGGAGGAGAUGUUUAUAGCAAGAAGGUGAAGGGAAACAACCCCCACACUGCAACAGCCAUGGGGAGUGGGGAUUUUGCAGCCGGGCGCUGGGGAUCAGCAGCUUAUGUUGGGCAGUACAUGAUUGUGGAUAGUUACCUAAGGUUGAAGAAUCCUGAAUGGGUAGAUGUUUUUGCCGAGGAACCCAACUGCUACACCGCCACCAACUUCCCGGCAACUCCUAAAUCGGAGGCUAUUUUCUACUAUGGAGGGCCUGGUCGAAACCCUCAAUGUCCAUGAGGUCAAUCAACCAUGUUGGAAAAAGGUUAUGGUUGGAUAUGCAUAUAUGCAUAUAUGCAUGGCUAGGCUUGUUUUAGCAAUUUAAGCAUGUAUUAAUAAUGUUCUAU